UCGCUCGCAUGCAGUGCAAGUAAAAGUUGAGGCGACACGAAGUUUCAGUUCAUGUAUCGGUCUGCGCAGCUUAAGAUCUCUCUAGAUCUUUCCAUUUCAUCUGCUCACAGCUCUUUAUGUUCCUCAUCCUCUAUCGAUGGAGACUUCGAUUCCCUCUUAAGAGAAUAUUUGGCAAAUCCAGACGGUUUUGCGAUGGGAUCUUUUCUCUGGGAGUCUGAGAGGAAUCAAGCACGUCCUCACAGACCAACUGAGCAGUUCUUUCGCUAGUUUCCUCACCGGCGUUGCGACAUCGUUUAAUCUUUAUCGUGUGUAUGUUUUCGUUUCUCUACACGGAGGUUUGACGUGGCGUCGACAGUUUUAAUAUUUAUGAGAAAAUCUGAAUUCACGCGCCUGAUUUGGAUUAUCCGUUUCCCGGGAUACCGAACACUGAAUCGAUCGCGCGUCAACUAGAGACUUAAUUUUCCGAUUUUCCUGGACUUAAAGAGUGCCGAAGGUGCUUUUGGAAAUGAGCUGUCCGUUUUCAAAAUGUCUUUUUUAAGAAUCACUCGUGGAGAGAGACGUUUCCUCAGAGGACGGGAGGGUUUGUAACGCUGAAUUUACCGCCGAUUUCACGACACGCGUUUUCCAUGGCUCCUGCGGUCAGAUCGAUUAAGCGUAAGGAUGCGAUUAACUGGCCGAGGAUGUCGACAACUUUCUGGGCUGUGCUGCUGUUGACGGCGCUUCUGAUCGUGUACUGCGGUCAACUGGCAGCAGGCACAUGUGAGAUUGUUACUCUAGACAGAGACAGCAGUCAGCCACGCAGAACUAUUGCCAGACAGACGGCCCGCUGCGCAUGUAAGAAAGGACAGAUUGCUGGGACAACGAGAGCCAGGCCGGCCUGCGUAGAUGCUCGUAUUGUGAAGACCAGGCAGUGGUGUGACAUGGUGCCCUGUCUAGAGGAUGAAGGCUGUGACCUGUUAGUAAAUAAAUCAGGCUGGACUUGUACACAGCCCAGCGGCAGAGUGAAAACUACAACGGUGUCCUAACAGUGGGAGGGGUUCCUGGAGUGCUACGAGACGAGGCCUCUUGCUGUGUCGCCCACCUGCUGUAGAUACUUGCUAUGUCUCAUCGGCUUAACACCUGCCUCUGCCUACCUGUCUGAGUCUCUGCUUUGUAAAUGGGCAGCACCCCCUUGUGCCACGGAGAACACACUGUACGUUCACAAAGCGCCUCACAGACAUUAGGAGCCUUGAGGACUUUAAGAGCGCAGCAAGGGACAAUGAGGCGCCUAUCCUGUCUGAGACUGAAUCAGACACAGGCUUUACGGAACUCCACCAGCGGUUCCGACCCAAUCCGAGACUGCGAACUGCUCUGUGAAACGGCUUUCUGCUGGAGUACGUUUUUGGCGCUCGUUUUUUUACAGACCAAAGAGAAAAAAUUAUAGACAACAAACAAAAAACCAUUGACUAUGUGAGCGCAGACUGAGGGAAGGACACAAAAGGAACAAUUUUGGCAAAGAAAAAAUCAAUAUAUAUAUAUAUAUAUAUAAACCUAAAUGUAGAGAGAGAGAGAGAUAGAUAUAGAAAGACUUUGCUAUGGAAACACUGACGUGGAACAUUGAAACGACACCGGGUCGAACAUUCCCAUUUAUCACAAUCCAAGGAGAACCUUUAAUACUUUACAGAUUUCCUUGAACUGAACCAAGCACUGUAUUCCAAGGACAACAAGGAUAUAGAUACUGUACACAUAAACGCAUCAAGAAAUUAAAUUAGCAUUUUUCAGUAGCAACAUUUUGCAUUAAACAUAGAAGGUUAAAUGGAAGAGUACCCCAUUGUUGCUUAUCAUCAGAAAAUAUUAAAAAAGAACAUAAAAAUGGUAAUUUCUGAUUACCUGGAGUGAGAUGUCAUUAUAUGUAUUUUGAAAAGGCC